CGAGACUUUCUCCCAAUGAUUUUGUGUUAAAAGAAUUGUACAUUAUUCCCCCCCCCCUCCUCUGAUUUUCGAGUCCCUCUAAUUCGAAAUCCCCAAUUUCCAAACCCUAAACUAUCAAGAUCCCCUGUUUUCGAACCCUAAUUCGCCGAAUUGAUCAACAUCUUCCUGCCACCCUCCAGCGUUAGUCGUUUACGCAGUCUCCAAGAGAGCUGCAAUCUAUCUGUCGAUUUAGAGCGAGGGAAUGGGGAGCAAAGGUCGAUUACCACCUCAUCAUAUGAGGCAUUCUGUCCAUGGCCCUGGUUUGGUGCAUCCAGAGCCGUUUGGAGCUGGAAUACGACCCCCGCAUGAUGGUUUUCUUCAUAAUGAAAUGUUGCCGCCACUGGAAAUUUUGGAAAAGAAGCUUGCCACACAACAUGCAGAGAUGGAGAGGCUGGCAACAGAGAACCAAAGACUUGCUGGCACCCAUGGAUCAUUGAGACAACAACUUGCAGCUGCACAAGAGGAUCUUAGGAUGGUGGAUUCACAAAUUCGAGUUUCAAAAUCGGAGAGAGAGCAACAGAUAAGGGCUCUUAUGGAAAAAAUUUCAAAGAUGGAAGCUGAAUUGCAGGCAGGAGAUCGCCUUAAAUUGGAAUUGCAACAUGCGAGGACAGAGGCACAGAACUUGGUGGAAGUGAGGCAAGAGCUUCUUUCCAAAGUACAACAACUAAAUAAUGAGCUUAAAAGGGCACAUGUAGAUGUUCAGCAGAUACCCACUAUGAUGUCUGAACUCGAUCACCUCAGACAAGAAUUUCAUAAGUACAAGGCCACUUUUGAACAUGAAAGAAAGGUUUACCGUGAUCAUCUUGAAUCUCUUCAAGCUAUGGGCAAGGAGUAUAGGAGCAUGGCAGAUGAGGUGGCAAAACUUCGCGCUGAAUUGAGUAAUCCUGCAAAUGUUGAUAAAAGACCUGCUUAUAGUAGUGGUGCUGGAUACAGGGAUGCCUCUACUCACAAUCCUUCAGUACAUAGUUCUUAUGAAGAAAGUUUUGGAGUACCACAGACACAUCAGACGUUUCCGUCCAGUGCUGCUGCUGGUGGGCAUGCGUCUGCUGCUACUGCAGGUGGUGGCGUGGUAGCCAGUAGUGGUGGUACCCCUACUUAUUCUGCUCCUCAAACUGGGCCUGCUUACCCUGGUUAUGAAGCCCAAAGGGCUCAAGCUUAUAACCCACAGGGUGGUCAAGUUUACAAUCCUCAGAGAGCAUCAGGUUAUGAUGGAUAUAGAGGAGUUUAUGACAUGCCGAGACCUCCGUAUGAUCUGCAAAGAGCAGCUUAUGAUCCGCAAAGGGCAGCUUAUGAUCCGCAAAGAGCUGCUUAUGAUCCACAAAGAGCAGCUUAUGAUCCGCAAAGGGCACCUUAUGAUCCACAAAGAGCAGCGUAUGAAAUGCCUCGAGGUGCAAUAGCCCCUCUUCAGGGUCAAGCACCUGCAAACAAUGUGCCUUAUGGAUCUGCUGCUCCACCACCUGCGAACAACGUGCCUUAUGGAUCUGCUGCUCCACCAGCUGCUCCUCAGACUGCAGCGGGACAUGAAACACAACCUCAAGGUGACCAUCCUACUUGUAGGUAAGUAAUUUUACAAUAAUUCUGAAUUUCCGACUCAUUAUAACUCGCCUAUUGGGACCAAGCAUUUCAAAAGACGCAAGAUUUUCAAGCAUUCUGGCAUUUCAAUGGGCCGAUACAGAGUAGUUGGGAACAAAGAUUUGAACAGCAGAGAAGAUUGAGCUUUUAGCGAGGCAGUAAAAUGUAGUGGAAUUAUCCUUUGUGUAAGAUGACUUAAUUUUGUGCGAGAGAGCACUUUGUAAGAAACAUCUUUUCUGAAUCUAGUUUCAAGUCAUUUGCUUGUCAAAGAAAAUAGUUAUGAUUUGAUGAUUGUUAAA